CUACAGUACGAAUACUUGAAGACAGCAAUAUUGCUACAGUUAGUUUCUGUUUCUUCUGUCUGCCUUCAAGCUGUGUGGAAAGAUGGGCAUUAUGAGUUUGAGUUAUUCAUCUGUCUUGCUAUUGGGGAUCCUCUUCCCACUGAGAGCCACACAGUCAUUCGAUCCAUCCACUUGUACUACAAGAAAACUAGUAGUGACAGAUUGGAGUGUGAUUGGUGAUGGCGUCCAUGAUGAUACUGCUGCCAUGAGGCAUCUCCUGUCAUUGCCCUCGGGUGAUGAUGAUUGCCAAACGAAACAUAUUGUGAUUCCAGCUCAUGCUACCGUGCUUACGUAUCCGCUGAAUUUGACCAGCCACACCAUUCUCCAGGUCGACGGGAGCUUGGUCGCCAUGGCAUCGACCCACCAUUGGCCCAUCAUGCCACCAGUCGAAAUUUACGGAGAUAGCGAAGACAGAUACGGUGGUUUUACCGUGAAUCAAUACCAAGCAUUUCUCUACGCACACAAUUCCUCACACAUUCGCAUCACGGGCCAAGGUGUCAUUGAUGGCAAUGGGCCCUAUUGGUGGGACUUGUUCAAGCGACGAGAUCCAGCACUCAAACCAGCCGGACGACCCAAUCUCUAUCAAACGGUCUAUUGCUCCCACUUGGAAAUUGAUACCGUUACCAUGAAGGAUUCUCCCUUUUGGACGGUCCAUCCCAUGCUGUCCUCCGAUAUUCAUAUUCAUCACAUGAAAAUACGAGCACCCCUCUAUGCGCCAAAUGUCGAUGGUGUGGACCCGGAUUCUGCGCAGAACGUCAUGGUGGAAUACAAUGACAUUGCCUGUGGUGAUGAUCACAUUGCCAUCAAGGCUGGUGUCUGUGGCCUCAAACCAGCCUACUACAAUGAAUGCAUGGACCCCGCCUGGUCACAACGUGUCAAAGGCUACUUGACCAAGAAUGUCACCAUUCGCCACAAUCUAUUUCGUACCGGUAUGGGAAUUGCUAUCGGAAGUGAAACCAGUGGCACCGUCCGGGAUGUCUUUAUCUACAACAACACGAUUGGAUAUUGUCAAAGUGGCGAUAAAACACUCACGUCCUGUGGAUGGGGUCCCGCCUUGCACAUCAAGACUACCCUUACACGCAGUGGUUCCAUUGACAAUAUCGUAUUUGACCGGAAUAUUAUUUACAAUACCAGCAUGUUUAUCUUUCUCGAAACCAACUAUCAAGUCGGCAAACAAAAACUACCCUCCAACUAUCCCAAAACGGUAGUGCAAAAUAUCGUCUUUUCCAACAAUCUAGCGGUCGGACAAGCCAUGGGUGCUGGUUUUAAUUGUGACAAGCUGGAUCCCUGUCACAAUAUUACCGUUGUCAACAAUACCAUUGUCAAGGCACAACAGAACAAUCAUAAUCCAUGGGGGUGCAAGUUCAUUGAAUCGUUCAAUGUCCACAACAACACACCAGGAGGACUGGAGGAAUGCAUGGCCAGGAGCAUGAACCAAACGAGCCACGUGGACGAGUACUAUGCAGAAGACAGACUUGACAAGCCAGGCUGGUUGGAUUCCGCCGCUUCGAACUAAACUAAUAGCUAGCGAAAGUCGGCAUAAAGUUGGCGACGAACUUAUUUGGCAGCGGGAGGGAGAGAGGUGCUCGCCAACGAUUGCCCAGCAAGGCCAUUUACAAGACUUUCAGUAUACUAGUAAUAUGGGCAACAACAACCAACAACAACAAAGAUGAUUGGUAAAUACGAAUAAGAAAUUGAAUGCUUCCGCUCAACGUGUUGUUAUACAUCCAAUCAAAGAAGGAAAAUUUCCACUGAACUAGGCACAAUUGACAUUCAUACAAAAGGAUUGAAUUUCUUUAGAAACAAGUACAUAGAGUACAUGUACAUUCCACAGCACAAUCAACAUGGAUGUUCAGCAAACCCAAGUUGGAACAAAGACUGCUGGGCACACUACCUCUCAACUGGUUGGCGCUCAAAGUCAACUGCCUCAAACUGGUCAACAAUCCAAUCUCGGAAGGAAUGGAUCCGCUCAACUGGUUGUGAUACAAAGACAAUGCUGUCAGCCUGGUCAACAAUCCAAUCUCAGAGGGAAUGCUUCCGCUCAAUUCGUUGCCACCCCAAAUGUCCAGACGAUUCAAGGCUGUCAACAAUCCAAUCUCAGAUGGAAUGCUUCCACUCAAUUCGUUGCCACCCCAAAU